UAUCCUACGCGCUCCCGGUUCUCUUAAGCUAAGUACCUUUCUCUGGCUUCACCGUCUCAGAUCUUAAGCUCGUCUGCUGCGCAUAGCCUAUUAUUGAACUGAUCUCUUGCUCCACUUCAUCUGCCCUAAUUUCAGAUUUGGAUCUUGCAAAUUAGAGAUUAUUCUCAAGGGGAACCAUGAGUUGCUUUGGCUGUUGUGAAGAGGAUGAUAUGCGUAAAACCUCUGAUAAUGGAGGCCAAUAUAUUGUUAAACAAGCAGCAGGAAAUGAUGGAGGUUACCAUACAUCUGAAACUGCAUCAAAGAGUGCUCAAACUGUGAAGGUUCAGCCUAUUGAAGUCCCUACUAUUCCAGCAGAUGAAUUGAAAGAAAUCACAGAUGACUACGGUACUAAUUCUUUGAUUGGAGAAGGUUCCUACGGCAGAGUUUAUUAUGGAGUCCUUAAAAGUGGGCAGGCUGCAGCAAUAAAAAAAUUAGACGCCAGCAAGCAACCUGAUGAUGAGUUUUUGUCCCAGGUUUCUAUGGUAUCAAGGUUGAAACAUGAAAACUUUGUUCAAUUGCUUGGCUACUGUGUUGAUGGGAGUUCCCGCAUACUUGCCUAUGAGUUUGCAUCAAAUGGAUCGCUGCAUGAUAUUCUCCAUGGGAGAAAAGGUGUUAAGGGAGCUCAGCCUGGCCCUGUUCUGACAUGGGCACAAAGAGUAAAAGUUGCUGUAGCAGCUGCAAGAGGGCUUGAAUACUUGCACGAUAAGGCCAAUCCUCACAUCAUUCAUCGUGACAUUAAGUCCAGCAAUGUGCUAAUAUUUGAUGGUGAUGUGGCAAAGAUUGCGGACUUUGAUUUAUCAAAUCAGGCUCCUGAUAUGGCAUCCCGUCUUCAUUCCACUCGUGUACUUGGAACCUUUGGUUAUCAUGCUCCUGAAUAUGCAAUGACUGGGCAAUUAAAUGCCAAGAGUGAUGUAUACAGCUUUGGUGUUGUUCUGCUUGAACUUCUUACUGGGAGAAAACCUGUUGAUCAUACUUUACCUCGUGGACAGCAAAGUCUCGUUACCUGGGCUACACCGAGACUCAGUGAAGACAAGGUUAGGCAGUGUAUUGAUCAAAGACUAGGAGGAGAUUAUCCUCCCAAGGCUGUUGCCAAGAUGGCUGCUGUUGCUGCAUUGUGUGUGCAAUAUGAAGCUGAUUUUCGGCCAAAUAUGAGCAUCGUUGUCAAAGCUCUUCAGCCCCUGCUAAACGCCCGGCCUGGACCUGGUGCCGAAACACCAAGCACAUAAUGUCAUACGUCUCUCUCUCACACGCACAAACUCCCUCACUCGUUGUAUUUCUGUUUGCCUGUGCGUGCGGUAGUCUUCACACAUUCAACCAUCCAAAGUAUACAAUGAGGGCACAAUUAGAAGGAGGUGAUAGUUUGUUUAUUGGAAAUUCUACAUAUGUGCUCUGUAUUCGAUUUGUUCAUAACGUGAGUUGUUCUUUUUUUCUCCUUGCAUGUACGUUCAUGGUCUUCCAACAUGUAUUUUUUUAUGUAAAUUUAAUCUUAACCUUCGUUUAAUAA